GACGGUUUUAGCAAGGAAACAAGCAACAAGCAAGUGGCCAUUUUAUUUUAUUCAUUACUGUAAUUGUGUUGAUCACAGAACACAUGUACCGGUGUUGAUCGAGUGACAUUAGCUCUCCACAUUUAAUAGUAAUUUCAACUGUAUGUGCUUUUAUGUUCUUGGAGUGGAUUUUGUGUUUUGUACAUAUUGACUAUCGUGCACCAUCACAUUAAUUUACGAAAGGACGUUUUGCGCUUUUUUACGAAAGGACGUUUACAUUGUUAGGUUAGGUUAGGUUUUCUGUUUUUAUUUGAUUUGUGUAUUCUUUGUUUAUAAGUAUGUCUGAAAAUAACCAUAGGAAGUGUGCCAAAUGCGGUAGAACACGUGCUGAAGACAUGACGGUGACCUAUCAUAGGUUUCCGAAUCCAGGAACUACUAAUAUUACCAGGGCUCAUAUUUGGGCUAAAUAUUGUUGGCCAAAUGAAGAUUGGACUUCAGUAGAAUUAUUACGUUCACUCUAUACUAAAAAUAAAGUGUUGUGUGGAAGACACUUUAAUUCAACUCAAUUUUAUGACAAUGAAAGACAAAAAUUGAGUAAAUUUGCUGUUCCUGAGUCAACUGUAAUGGAAGAACUACUCAAUGAAAAGGAAAAUAUCUUUCAUCAGAAUGUAGAACAGUCCAGUGAAGCAACUGCACAGCCAAAGUUAAGAGUGCCACUGUUGGAAAUUGAAAAUAUUGUAGUGGAACCUUGUACCAGUGCAAUGUCAUCAACACAAACUUUAGUGGAUGUCCCAAGAACAACUGGAUUCAUUGACAGUGUGCAGAAUGCACCAAUAACUGAAAACCUCAAUGUGGCAACCUGUAGCAAGUCAAAUUUGGUCAAAAAACGAACUAAAAUCCUAGCUAACCUAGGUGUCACAAAAGUAAGCCAAAUGACACCAAGAGAAAUAAAUUUAUAUAAAAUAUGCAAAAAUAAGAUGCAUGAGAUAAUACGAUUACGUAACAAAAUUAAGAAUAUUAAGAGAAGGAAGAUAGAGAGAGUUUUAGGAAAUCAACAUGUUGAAGAAUUGUGUAAUUUAAAUAUUAGCAAUUCAUUCAUAACUUUAUUACAAAGCCAGUUACAAAAUUGUCCAAAAAAACCAAAAGGCAGAAGAUAUACUUUACAACAAAAAAUUCAGGCUUUGUUAAUUUAUAAAAAGUCCCCAGCCUGUUACAGAUUACUGAAGAGAAUGUUUGCUUUACCAUGUCAAACAAGUUUAAAUCAACUCCUGAAUAAAGUGCCACUAAAACCAGGCAUAAACAAACAUAUAUUUACCUCCUUAGAAAAAAUGAGCCGGAACCAUGAUAAGGAAGAUAAUAUUUGCAUUUUAUCAUUUGAUGAAAUGUCUAUAAGAAGACAUUUGUAUUACAACCAAAAGCUGGAUGAAAUACAAGGAUUUCAAGACCAUGGCAACCAUGGUAGGACCGAAGAUGUUGCCUCUAAGGCACUAGUAUUUAUGCUCACUGGGUUGAGAAAGAAGUGGAAACAGCCCAUCGCAUUUUAUUUCUCCCAUACUAUAAAGGCAGAUAGAAUGACAAUAAUUUUAAAAGAGAUACUUACAUAAUGCAUUGCAGCAAAGAUGAAUGUGGUUGCUACUGUCUGUGAUUUAUCAGCUGUGAAUCUAAAAGUUUUUAAAAUAUUAGGUGCAACAUCUACUGCACCAUUUUUUAAUUUCUGUGGACAGGAAAUUGUGUCUAUACUAGAUCCUCCACACCUUUUAAAGUGCACCAGAAAUUUGUUAAUUAAGCAUGAUAUUGAAGUAACCUCGGAUUUUCAAUGCAAUGAGAAGCCUGUAAAAGGUACAGUGAAAUGGAGCCACAUUGAAGCAUUUUAUCAGUUGGACAAAACCAACCCCAAUUUGGUUUAUGCUCCUCAACUGACAGAUAAUCAUUUGCAUCCAAAUUGUCAGCAGAAAAUGAGAGUAAAGUUGGCAGCACAAGUGUUUAGCCACUCUGUUACAACUGGCAUGUUAAUGAAAAUUGCUCAAAAUGAACUUCCGGCCGAAGCCCAUGUGACAGCAACUUUCGUGCAAAAGUUUGACGAGCUGUUUGAUGCUGUCAAUGCAGACAGCCCAGACUUGAGAAGAGGAAAAAAAUACUCGACAAAUUUAAAUAAAAAAACUCCUCAUUUAGCUUUAUUUAGGAAUAUGAGAGAGUUCAUAUCGAAUAUGAAAUAUAUAGGGAGUAAAUCAAAUCCUCCUUCUCAAGAAGGAUGGAUUCACACCCUUAAUGCUAUAGAAAGAUUGUGGAAAAAUUUGCAGGCUAUAGGCAUUAAGAGUCUUCCCACACGUCGCCUAAACCAAGAUCCAUUAGAAAAUUGUUUUGGCUGCAUAAGAUAUAGCUGUGGAUCUAAUAAUAGUCCUACAAUAAACCAAUUUAUAGCUGGUAUUAAAACUGCCAUAAUUUCAAAUUUAAAACAUUCAGGACAUAAAAAAAAUUGUGAAGAUGACACAGCAAUUAUUUCAAAUAAUUUGUCAAACUUUUUAACUCCAAAUAUCUCUCCAAUUGUUAAAUCACCAACUCUUCAGUUUGAUGACACUAAAGAGAUGGAAAAUUUAUUAUUUGAUGCAGUUGAAGCAGUAGAGCAGGGGACAUCUGAAAGUCAAGCAUGUGGAUAUGUGUGUGGUUUCAUAUUUAAAAAGUUAAGGCACAGUAACUGUCAGGAUUGCCGAAAAGCAUUUUUGUCAGAUACACAAGAAAUCAUACACAGGUUCACAAAUUUUAAAGAAUAUGACCCUGCUCAGAACUCUUUAAAUUAUGUGGGUAAAGAUAUGGUGACGUGUGUAGAAAUGAUGGCAAAUAUAAUAAAUAAAUACUUAAAAGCAAAUGCCUAUAGGAUAGAAGUAAAAAUUAACAUAUUCAGUGCAUUGGAAUGUGUAGAUUUUAGUUUUUUAAAAAAAUGUAUACAUCAUUUAGUAUUAAAUGAAAACCAUUUAAAAGUAAGCACAUUUUUUAUAAUAACUAAAAGGUAUUGUGUUUUAAGAAACAGAGAUAUGGACGACGAAGAGAAAAAGAAAACUCUUGAACGCAAAAUGAGAAUUUUAAAAAAUAAAUGAUAAUACAUU